ACGCUCGCCUUCCGAACGUAGGCCAAGAUGAAGCUUCUAGUGGCGACAGCGUUGCUCCUCUGCGUGGCAGCAGAUGCCUACCAUACUUCCCAACACAAGCUUCUUGGUCCCAUGUUCCAAGUGGGAAAAAUCCACUACUACAACUUGACAAUGGACAUCAGCGCCGGCAUCGCCGGAAUCAGCGCACAAACCGCCCGAUCCAGGCUCAAUGCUGAACUUGCCAUCAGCGCCAAAUCGCAGAAAGAUCAUGUACUCAAGUUGACGAACGUGAGGGUGAGCGGCUCUCAAAAGUCCGUUCCCAGCUACUCGACCUACCUUCCUUUGCAACCAGACAGUACCUUGGAAAGCCACCUUUCACUUCCCGUAACCUUUACGCUGGAAAAAGGACAGGUAACCAGCUACAGAAUGAGCAAUGAUGAGACCUUGGAAACUAGGAAGAUCAAGAAGAGUAUCCUGAGGAUGAUCGAAAUGUAUGUGGAUGAAAGCUCAGUCAAACAGAUGGAGACCAGAAACAUUGGCGAAAUCCCAGUCACUUACAACCUGACCAGGAAAAGUCCAUCUGGUGAGUACCAAUCCCACUACAUUAUUACCGCCAGUCCCUACCCCAAUUUCCCCAUGGAGACCAACGUCUACAACAUCAGUCGUUCCGACAACUACGAAAACAUCCGAUACCCCGGCCACAAGUUCCACCACAACCUCAAGCAACAAGGAUGUGCCGAAGUUUGCAGGAAAGACUGGAAGGACAACAAGUAUGGUGCUGGAUGCCCAAGUGGAUCCGAGCCACACCAAUCGCCAGUUAAGCUGUACUACACACACCACCACCACUUGGCUGCUAAACGAGGAGUUAUGGUCCCAGAAAUCAUCGAAGUUACUGAAACUCACGUGGCCAACUACUACGACCAAGACAUGAAGAUCUUCAUCAGGUCUUAUAUGCGCCACAAGACUGUCACCGACAGAGGAAGCCUUCCUGAACCUAAGAGUGAAAUGCAGAUAUACACCGACUUGGAAGAUUACGAACAAGAAAUCAACAAAGGAGAGAUCAACAAUUUCUGCCAAUACGAGAGCCCAAGGUUGGCCAUCGACGUAGCUAAGAAGCUCAUCAACGAAUUGACUGACAUCGUCUUGAAGGGCGACUUACAAGAUACCCGAUCCAGCUUCAUCGGAGAGAAACUUGUCCUGCUGCAGAAAGCCUUGCAGAAGAUCUCAGAGAAUGAUAUCGAAAAGAUUGAAUCUGACAUCCCCAAACUGGGCACCUUAACUCAAGCUAGUGACAAAGACAGGAUCAAGAGACAAAUCUGGACCAACAUUUUGAGCGUCGUCGGCAGCAAGCAAUCCGUUUCUUACAUUGCUUCUUACAUCCAGAGGAACGUUGGUCGGGAUUUGACAGUCUGGGAAUCCAAGGAGAUCUUGGAAUCUUUGCCCGAGAACAUUCACGAGCCUUCGGAACAGAACAUCAGGGACCUUAAGAAACUGUGGGAGGUCAGCAAGGUAAAGGAGCACCACAUUCUCCACUCAGCCGCUUACUUGACCGUCAGCAGGGUCAUCAAGAGCCUGUGCGAGGAGGAACUCACCAACUCAGAGGAUCAGGCCUCAUCAUGGAUGAGUGACUACUACCAAGUCCUCAGGAACUUCAGACUUGCCCAAUCCUCCGAAGCAACAUCAUCAGUGAAAUGCCCCAAAUCCUUGGUCAGCGAAAUCGUCCAGAACAUUAUCCAGAAAUGGGAGAGCACAGAGAGCAAGCAAGAAAAGGCCGUCUACAUCCAGGCUCUUGCACACAUUAGUACACCAGAAGCUCUGCGGCAGUUAGCUAAAUACGCCCUCGGAAUUGCAGACGACAUUCAGAAAUACACUCCAAGCCAAGCCACCUUCUUCAGGACCCUGACUCUGAGCACCCUUCACAGAGCUGCGAAGAAAAACCCACAAGCAGUCUUGAGCAUUGUGGCCCCCAUCUACUUCAACAAGACAGAAGAACCCAAACUGAGGGCUGCUGCCUUCAGCAUCCUUCUCAGGAGCCAACCUUCUCGAGAACUGUUGGAACACGUUGCCCACGACACCUGGUAUGAGACUAGCAAGGAAGUCGGAAGCUACGUCACAUCUUCUCUUGAAUAUCUUGGAAACUCCACUCUGCCAUGUGACCAACUAGUUGCUCAGCGCAUCAAGAUGGUUAUCUCCCAAGCCAAGCGAUUCGAUAUUGGAAUUCAUCACGCCAAGAGCUACCGCUCCUCUUACUACGAUGAUUCUCGUUUCUUCGCCGGCGAAGGAAAAUUCGAGUACACUCCAAGCAACGAAUCCAUCAUUCCCAGUAACAUUUAUCACUCCCACACCUACUCCGUCAGCAACCUUAAGGGUAUCUUCUUGCAGAAUGGAGUAAACAUUCAAGGUUUGACUCAUGAAAUUAUCGAAAACUACCUUGAGACAUUCGGACUCAGAAUUGGAAGGCCAAUUUCACCAUCAAAGGAAUCUGAUCUUUUCAAAGAGCUUCAACUUGAGAACAUUGUGCCAGAAAAAUUCAGAAUGACUCUGAAACAUCGCUUAUUCUACCAAAGUUCUUUCUAUUACAUCCAGAACAUCAUGAAAGACAUUGCUCCAUUAAAGGAACACAUCGACAAGUACUUCAGGGCUUCCGGAAACAACUUCAAAGGAACCUGGUUGAAGAUGAUGAUUCCUUCUGCCAUGCACACAAUCAGCAUCGCCAAGACCAUCCCCUUCCCUGUUGAGACUGAGAUGAGACACCCAAUCCUGGUCGCCAUCAGCAUCGAAAACCAAAAAAGGAGCCGAAAGCUAGAACUCAGGACGAUGCACAUUUUGGUCAGAUUCAGUGUCUACGGAACAAGAAUGCUCACCAGUCAAAUCCUUGCCCUCCGCGACUGCAAAGACGUGGGAACCUACUACGAAGAGAAAUUUGCAGCAACAAUCCCAGUAGAAUUGGAAGUGGAUGUGGAACAAUGGAACAGAAUAAGUGUUGAAUACACCAUCAAACAACUGCCGAAGAAAGUUCUCUGUCUCAGAGCUGAGGCCGGAACCUACGCAGGGAAGAAGAGCUUAGAAUCCCUGCCACAUAUGUCUGAAAGAGACCCAAUCCAGACCGUGCCAUCUCCGUUCAAGCAUGAACAGAAAUUGAACAUCGUUGGUCUUCCCCCGAUCCACGUCAAUGCCUACACUGAAAACAUCCUCGAAUUCAGAGACAUCCCCACGACAGUACAAGAAACACAAGAAUGGGUUACCAAGAAACUGAUGAACGCAGGAUGGAGACAACGAUCCGUCAACAUCACCAUGAACACCGAUUCCACCUACUGGCCGGCUAACAACAAGGUCUCCUUCAAAUUGAACUACGACCAAGAGAAUGUAUUCCCUGGACAAAGCAACAUGUACCAGUCCCAAGCACAUCAAUACAGAGAACACCAACACCAAGCAACUGGAUCAGACGAAACUGAAGAUGACAUCGUGAAGGAAAUGAAAUUCGAUGAGAAGGUCAGCCCCGGGAAAUCUGGAGAUUUCGUCGUAACUGCCAAGAAAAUCUACCACAAGUUGAUCUCUAGGUACCCUCACAUGCGCCACAUCGUCGAUUUACAAGUUUUGAGCUCAACUGGAUCCAACAAAGCUGUUAUCAAGGCCGUGUACAACCACACCAUGGGAAGACACCUCCACUCCUUCCACGUGGACGCCAAGGUUAACUUGAAGAGGUUGCCCACACCAAUUGAAAUCAGUGCCGACCAUCUGAUGGGAUUCCACAACAGACUAAACGAGUUUAACUUCGACAGGAAAUCCUACAAAAACCAGAUCGGCCUAUUUUUGAGCACUCUCAGUCAACACCACGCCGAGCCUUAUGACAAUGUUGACAUUGUAGCCCAUGGUUCCAUGCAGCGCAUUCCAGGCUCUAAGAUUCUCAACGAUUUGUUGGUUAACAAGUUGGAUGAAGAAGAAUUCUUGCCAGAAGAUUACGAGGUCUGUGAAAGGCACACACGAGAGGGCAAAGGCUUGUCUCAAGAAUGUCAACGCAGCAUCAGGGAACUGUCACACUACAACAAAUACAAGGUUCAAGCCACAUGGACUGAAGGAAAAUUACCUGCCUUUGUCAAAACAAUCGCCAAGAGGAUCGAAUGGAUAACUCGCGUGGUGGCUUUGGGAAAAGUUGAAGUGACUGACAAGCCAGAGACACCCAGAGAACAAAGCAUCAACCUUGACGUCACUUACAUCGACAAACUGACCGACGAACCAUUGAUCGACAUCGUCUUGGAAAAGCCGAAAGAAAUUGUGAAAUACCACAAAAUCAAGGCAGGAUUCAUCCAGCCUCUUUCCAGCAUCGACAACGUUCUCGACAGCUACAUUUUGGCCGCCACCAACAACUCAUACCCAGCCACUUGCCAUGUCAUGCAGAAAUACUGGACCACUUACGACCACGUGACUCAUCUUCUUCCCACCAACAAAUGCCAAUACCUCAUCUCGGCCCACUGCGCUGAGCAUAAGAAGUUCGUUGUCUUUGGCAAGACUCUGGACUCUCGGGAAAACACCAAGGAAAUCACUCUUCACGUAGGAGAGCACACCUUAGUCCUGAGCCCGAAAAGAGCUUUAACAUAUGAAGUGAAGUUCAAUGGACAGAAGAAGACCAUCCACCCACUUAAACCACAGCAACUUGGUGAUGAGGAAGUCCAAUUGUUGGUAGUGAUGAACACCGCCGUACAGGGAUCCUUCUUAGAAGUUUACUACCCAUACAUUAGCCUGAAGCUGACAUAUGACGGAAAGAACGUCAAAAUCCAAGUGCCACCGACAUUCAAAGGAGAGUUAUGUGGUCUGUGCAGUUCAUUCGAUGGAGAAGUUACCCGCGAAUUAUUUGCUGCCGACCAGUGCCUGUACUCCAGAUUAGAUGACUUCAUCAAGAGAGCUAUUGUCAACCCAAGAGAAUGCGAACAAAGCAUUGAUCCAGCCGCAGAGCCCCUGUGUUACUCCAAAACUGGCUCACGUAUGCACUCUGACACCGUUGAAACAAGAAACAUUGUCCAGUACAAAGGAGACCAAAUCUGCUUCUCCAUCCUGCCCAUUGGAAAGUGCUUGAGCGGAGGUCAGCCCAAGGUGGCUGAUGAAGUAGAAAUCGGAUUCCACUGCCUACCCAGGAGGGACAGCACAGCCCGAAGGUUGGCAGAGGAAGCCAAGACCAGAGUGUUGGAUGUCAUGCGCAGCAAGAGCGUUGACUACACCGAAACAGUGAUCUCAGCAAGGAAGUGCUAACCGAGAAAGGACUAUGAACUUAUUUAAUGAAAAAAAAUCAAGAAUUGUCUGCUGUUCAUUUUUAGGGAUUAUUUUUCAAUAAAACUGCAAACGCAAA